UUUUUUUCCUCUAUCUAUAUCCUCUCUUUCUUACCCUAUCUUUUUUGUUAUUCCUCUCUUCUCUACAAAAACCUCUUCUUUAACCUUCAAUGGCUUUCUCAAGGGUUUAAGAGUUAUUUUUGUUCCAAAUAAGAAGAAGAUGACUAUGGUUGAGCAUGGUGGUUAUAUGGAUGGAAUUCCUACUGGUCCUAUUGUUGAUGACGACUUUGAUGACAUACUCAAUUUCUUGGAUAUGCCCAUGGAAAGUUUGGAAGAAGAUGGACUAGGUGGUGUAGAGUGGGAUGGUAGUGACUCCAAGGAUUUUGGACCAAUCCCUACAGAUGCUCUAAUGGAUUUUCCGCCCAUGCCUCAAGGCAACAUUGGCAAUCGUCAGGUGAAUGCGGUGGCAAAAUCAGAUCCUCCUAUCAAAUUUACCGAGGUCCAAGGGACUGGUACAUUCCAGACACAGAGUCCAGUUUCAGUUCUUGAAGGCAGCAACUCCUGCUCUGGUGGAAAGAGUAUACCCAUCAAACAUGACACUCUCAUUCCCGUACGUCCUCGCUCCAAGCGUGCACGACCUUCAGCUGUUAAUCCAUGGGUUUUGAUGGCUCCGAUAUCUUCUACAAGAGUUGCAUCCAAGAAGAUUUAUGAUGCCAGAAAGACGAAAGAGAAGAGGAGAAGAUUGUCACUGCUAUCUGGUGCCAAGGAAUCAAUGAGAAACUAUGUUCAACAGAUCAAUGAUACUGCACUACCGAUACCAGAUGUUUCCAAGAAGAAGGUAACCUCCACACAACAGUCUAGUUUUGUCAAAAAAUGCACACAUUGUGAAGUCACAAAGACACCUCAGUGGAGAGAAGGACCAUUGGGGCCAAAGACACUAUGCAAUGCUUGUGGAGUUCGCUACCGUUCAGGGCGUCUAUUCCCAGAGUAUCGACCUGCUGCUAGUCCUACAUUUGUUCCAUCUGUGCACUCAAACUCUCACAGGAAAGUCGUUGAGAUGAGGAAAAAGUUUCUGUAUGGAACAGCUGAAGCUGAGGAACCUCACAAGGUGAUCAUGGGAAGAAAGACUGAAGCUUUGCCAGAACCAACUAUUGUUGCUGACCCUCCGAUGUCACCGGUGCCAGAGUUUGUUCCUAUGAGUAGUUAUUUGUUUGAUGUAUACUGAAGAGAUGAUUAUACUUUUAGUUAGGAGCUUAAUCUAGUUUAUUGUUAAAUUUUCGACGGGAGGCACAGGUGGUUCUGGUGGUAUGGUUGCUACUCCUGCUUUAAGAGGUUAAUGUACAAAAUGUUGAAUCUUUAGGGUGUCUAGGCUUAGAUAUUUGAUUGGAGGUUUAGAAGGAAAAGCUUUGAGUCAAUGUUUGAUGAAAAGCAAAGAUCCUCUGAUGUAAAAACUGAACUAGAUAUAGUAAGAUGGUUAGAUUUCUUUUUUA